AUGGACGGGACUGAUUUCCUGCUCGGUGGAAUUGGCUCUAUGGGUGCCACGCUGAUAACUAACCCUUUGGAGGUCGUCAAAACGAGAAUGCAACUGCAAGGUGAGUUAGCUGCUAAAGGAACCUACCAUAAGCCCUAUCGCAGCGUGGUGGACGCUUUUGUGACGAUUGCUAAAAAGGACGGAUACGCAGCGCUCCAGAAAGGCCUAGCGCCGUCAUUGUGCUUCCAGUUUAUUCUAAACUCGUGCAGAUUAGGCAUAUACAACACGGCCAAUGAGCACGGAUGGACGAAACAGAGGAAUGGCAAUCAGUCCAUUCUAAAAAGCGCCUUCUGGGGAGCAACGGGAGGGUUCGUUGGAUCAGCUUUGGCAAGCCCCUUCUUCAUGCUACGCACUCAUCUUCAGUCGCAGGCAAAGGCUGAAAUUGCCGUUGGCUAUCAGCAUCAGCAUACGGGAAUGGUUAGCGCGAUGAAGGAUAUUUUCAAAAAGCACGGCAUCCAGGGGCUGUAUCGUGGUGUCGCGGUGACAAUGCCAAGGGCUCUGCUUGGAAGUGGAGGUCAAUUGGCCGCAUUCGGAUAUACCAAAGAUUGUCUGUUACGUUACCCAAUCGUUUCGAAUCAAAGCGACACAUUCGUAUCGACGGUUGCAGGAGCGGUUGGAGGAACGGUGAUGGCCAUCACAAUGACACCACCGGACGUGAUAGCGACAAGACUGUACAAUCAAGGAGUAGAUGCCAAGGGCAAGGGCAUAUACUACAACGGCGUGGUGGAUUGUUUUAUAAAAAUCCUGAAAUCGGAAGGCGUCGCCGGUCUCUAUAAGGGCUUUUGGCCGCAUUACAUGCGGAUCGGCCCACACGCAACGUUAGUGCUACUUUUUUUUGAUGAGCUUAAAUCGAUUCGAAGGAAAUAUUACGCAAAGAACCAGGUUUAGGAUUGCGCUCAAUUCACAGCGAAUCAA